AAAAUUAGAAGUUUAGGGACUAAACAGUUGAUAUUUAACCCAAUUAUAUUCUCCCCAAUAAACCCUGUAACUUAUUUACUACUGUCAAUUGAGACCCUAUAGUUUUGUUUUUGUCAAAUAAUAUUUUAAUGCCUUGGCCGUCUCCUUCCUCACAUCCGUAGGCAUCGCAUUCUUCAUGUUCUAUUUCUGAUUCCCUCGCGCCAAACCAUCCUAACCCACAAAAAUUACCCUAAUGCCACGCAAACCCAAACCCAAAUGCAGACGCGCCGCCGCUGAUGUUCCAAUGCACCUGAAACCCGGGACGCAGGUGGAGAUCAGCCCCGACGACCCUGGAUACCGCGGGUCCUGGUACGCCGGCACUGUCAUCAAACGUGUUUCAUCGAAGGAACCUACCAAGUUCGUUGUCCAGUACAGCAGUCUCUUCGAAGAUGAGGACGGGAAGAAGCCGCUGAGAGAGAUUUGUGAUGCGGCCAAACUGCGGCCACCGGCACCGAGGGAGAGGAAGAGGAAGUUCAGGUUCAGUGAGAAAGUAGAUUGCUUUUACAAUGACGGAUGGUGGGAAGGGAUGAUAACGGAGGAUUUCCAAAAUGGGAGGUUCAUGGUGUACUUUAGGCCGACAAAAGAGCAGAUUGAGUUCGGGGAAGACGAGAUGAGGCUACACAGGGAGUGGGUUGAUGGAGUUUGGGAGCCUUCUGAGGAGGAGGAGAAGGAAGUGGGUUGUGCAACAAAAGUCCGGAAGUCUAACUUUGGCAUAACUGACAAGAUGAAGCUUGCUUCUUAUGAUGGCAUGACUGAAAAGAAGUUGGAGCAUGGCAAAAAUUUGAUGAGUGAAGGAAAGUUGGAAACUAGAAAUUCAAGGACUUGGGGGAAGUUUGGCAAGGGAACACGGGUUGAAGUUAGCAGUGAUGAAGAUGGUUUUAAAGGUUCUUGGUUUGCUGCAACUAUUGUUGACGUGUUGGGAAAGGAUAGGUACUUAAUUCAGUAUGAGAGUUUGAGAACAGAAGAUGAUAGAGAGUUUCUAAAGGAAGUGGUUGACACUCUGCACAUUAGACCUUACCCACCAGAAACCAUUGUUGAUCAUUACAAAAAGUUUGAAGAAGUUGAUGCUUUGUAUAAUGAUGGUUGGUGGGUGGGCAUUAUUUCCAAGGUUCUCACCAACUCAAGAUACAUGGUCUAUUUUCAGAACACUUUGGAGGAACUGGUAUUUAAACACUCUGAGUUAAGACUACAUCAGGACUGGAUUAAUGGGAAAUGGCUUGUGGCUUCCCAGAAGAAAUGGGGUGAUGCUCUACCAGGCAUUCAACAACUAAAUGCUCUAGCUUCUGAAUCAUCUCCAAUUUUCCCUGCUGCUGUAUUGAAUCGAAAAGUUAUGAAGCAACAGAAUAAGCCAACUACGAUGUGGCUUAUUCAAUGGGAAGGAUGCAGUGCUGAUGAAGCUACUUGGGAAAGAAGAGAUGAAAUAUUACAGAGGUUCCCUAACUUCAACCCCUGAGAUCAAAGGCUUGUUAUUUGGGUGGCUUUAAUACAUACAAGAUAGAACCAAAGACAAUUAGGGAAGAACAGUUGCUUGUUAGGGAUUAUACAGAGUAGCUUCAAUCUUAUUAAGUUGUUUAGAAAUUUUCUAUGGUCCUUGUACCCAUCACCCAUCAUUUUGUUCAAAGGCUUUUGGUCUGGUUGUAUGAUAGUAUCGAAGCCAAGUUGGUCACCUCUUUAGCUGAAUGUUCAAUGGAACUCAAGCUAGACCAUGCAAGUAAUUAAAGAACUGUGGUUGA